AUGUCUUCCCCUCGCGCCUCAUCACCCACGGGUACCGCCAACGUCGCGACGGGCGCCAGCAUCGGCGGCCCCGCGUCGCUGCCGCCCGGAGGCGCCCGCACCGCCAUCCGCCGCCGCGCCGCCGCCGACCAGAAGGAGAAGAUUGCGAAUGCGCGGCCAAACAGCACGCGCGCCGCCGGCGCCGGCGGCUCCAGCAGCACCAUGCUGCGCCUGUACACGGACGAGUCCCCUGGCCUCAAGGUCGACCCCGUCGUCGUCCUGGUGCUGUCGCUCGUCUUCAUUUUUAGCGUCGUCGCUCUCCAUAUCAUCGCCAAGGUCACGCGCCGGUUCUCGAGCUAG